CGGUGCGCGAGGACUGGGGCCGCGGCCCCGCACGGCCGCCGCCGCCGCGAUGGCCCAGCAGCAGAUGACCAGCUCGCAGAAAGCCCUGAUGCUUGAGCUGAAAUCCCUGCAGGAGGAACCGGUGGAGGGCUUCCGGAUCACCCUGGUGGAUGAGUCCGACCUCUACAACUGGGAGGUGGCCAUCUUCGGACCCCCUAACACCCUCUACGAAGGCGGCUACUUCAAGGCACAUAUUAAGUUUCCUAUUGAUUACCCAUAUUCACCACCUACCUUCAGAUUCUUGACCAAAAUGUGGCACCCCAACAUUUAUGAGAAUGGAGAUGUAUGCAUUUCAAUUCUUCAUCCGCCUGUAGAUGACCCGCAGAGUGGAGAGCUACCCUCUGAAAGGUGGAACCCUACUCAGAACGUUAGGACUAUCCUGUUAAGUGUGAUCUCACUGCUUAAUGAGCCCAACACCUUUUCUCCAGCCAAUGUGGAUGCUUCAGUCAUGUUCAGGAAAUGGAGGGACAGCAAAGGAAAAGACAAGGAAUAUGCUGAGAUCAUUAGGAAACAGGUCUCAGCCACUAAAGCUGAGGCGGAGAAGGAUGGAGUGAAGGUCCCCACAACCCUGGCAGAAUACUGCAUCAAAACUAAAGUGCCUUCCAAUGACAACAGCUCAGAUUUGCUUUAUGACGACUUGUAUGACGACGACAUUGAUGAUGAAGAUGAAGAGGAAGAAGAUGCCGACUGUUAUGAUGAUGAUGAUUCUGGAAAUGAGGAGUCGUGACAUGUUCCUUCAGUGCCCCUGUACUGCCCUGACGUCUCAGGCCAAAGGGAGGGAGCAAGUGGGGAUCUACAGUGGCCACUCAGCAAAAACUUACUCCCGGGGCGGGGAAGCAAACAGCCCCUGCUGACCCUUUGCGGAUCUCAGUUUGCUCCUUUUAUGGACCUUUACUGGAGAGAGUUCCCUCCACAGAAUGUCUGAAGUCUUGCAUUCUUUCCCUUCCAUCACUGUAUUGAUUCUUUUUUAAAAACAGCCACCACCCCUCAAACUCCCACCUCACCUCAUCUCUGCAGAAUGUUCACAGCAAAACACCUUUGUCUGUUUUUAGAUUCUUGAAGAAUUAGUCUGUUCAAGACAUUGUGUUUAAAGCUGGGAGCCCACUGGGAGUCCACAAGUGCUGCAUAUAUUGGGUAGCAAAAGAAAAUGGGAAAAAAAGAAAAAAAAAAAACAACAAAACCAAAAAAAAAUAAAAUAAAAAAAUAAAAAUAAAAAAAGCCCACAAAACAAACUUAAAAAAAAAAAAAAGCCAAUUUGCCAAGGGUUAGCUGCUCCUUUCCAUUAGCGUGUGUGCAUCUGUUCAGCCCCGUGGUGGUGAGUUUUGUUUCUUUCCCUUCCUAAGGCUGGGCUGCGGUGGGCAUCAGGGACUUACUCUCGCUAAGUCUGAUGAAAUGUGCUGCCUCAGUGACACCAUCCCAACAUGGAGGCUGCAGCUACUCUGAGGAGCUAUCAGAUUUUGUUUUUUGGAAUUGAUUGGGAUCUGAAAGCCUGAAAUAAAUAUUCAUACUUUACAUAGAACCGAGCACUUGGUUGCUAUUUAUUUUAAAGGUGGGAUAACUUUUUCCACCAGAAAGUGGGGGAGGGGAGGUGGUUAGUGUGUGUGCGUUCCUGGUUCUGAAACCACAGAAGGCCUAUCCCAGUGUUGGCUGAUGCCUCGGGGGAAGGAAGAGUGAGGGCUGCGGCGGGAGGAUGCAGCCCAGGUACUCAUAAGAGGGUUGAUUUAAGUAGCCACUUUAAUUACUCAGUGUUAGUCCUACAUGCAUGGGUUAAGAUUGUGCUGUCUUUGAGCUGCGUAUCUUGAUAGUGACAACUGUGGAUGUGUGCAGCUUGGGACUGGUCCUUUUCCUCACUGGAGAUGAUCUGGACUUCUUGUACUUUGGCCAAGGAGUGCAAGCAGAAAUGGUGUGCGGAGCUUCCCCUGGCCCCAGCUGACUCCAGGCAGCCUUGUUUCCUGGGUGUCAGUCACACGUGGCUCCCCCAAGCCUGAGCUCCGGUAGCUUCAUCCUAGACUUGAAAGAGGGUUUUGUUUAGCAAACUGUCUAAGUAAAGCCAGACUUCAAGGAUAGGGCUUAAGAUUCGUGUGUGCCAGGGUCACAGCUCGGAACCAAAGGGCAGAGGGAAACUGGGAAGGACUGACCCUCUGGUUAAGUAGACAGACCAUGCUUCCUCCUCUCAUGGUUCCCUUUCCUUUCUGAUCUCAGGGUUUUCAUUCUCUCUUCACACUCCUGAACGAAUGCUAUUUCCCUGGCUUCAAAAGUUCGGUCUGUUAUCAAAUGAGAAUGUUUAGUGGUGAACAGUGAAAUUUAGUGAGUUUACAGUCAGGGCUGUACCUGAGUCUCCUGACUCAGGAACACAGUAAAGAGACAUUUCGAGUUUGUUGCUCCCAGAUAGCCUGCAGAUAGAUGUACAGCCAAAUCCUCUCUGAUCCUCCUUCCCCAGUGCCCACCUGCCUACCACUGAAAGUUCAAUAGCCAGUUGUUUGGCCUUACUCUCUUGGCACCCUAAAACUAACCCUUUCCAUACUAAAGCACCCCAGUCAAGGGCAGGUUAGGCACCUGGCCAGUGGGAGGCCCCGCUGGCCUGUGGUGCGUGUUAACUCGGAGGCAGAGAGGCAAGAGGAAGUGGGCCUCAGCCUGUGGUGGGGGUGGUCAGUUCCAAGGCUGUGUGGACUUAGGCAGCCCAGAUGCUGCAGUCUAAACUGAGUUAACAUGCACACACUUAGGUCCCUGAACACCUGUCCUGUGGGAAAAGCCUUGAGUGCAUUAAUUUUCCCUUUUGGGAAUAGAUAGUUUUGGGGUGCAAGUAGAAGUUUUGAGCAGUUGUGCUGUUUGCCUGGUGUGAGAUGAACGUGACUCCUCUGGGUCUAUCCAGGCCUCGCUGAGUGCGUGCUCUUUAUCCUGAUCCCACUGUUGCCCCUCCCUCUCCGUCGCCCGGCUUUCUCAUUCUAGAACUCUCUUAACCACACUACGUUUGUAAUCACUUCUCCCUCCUGGCCUGGCCACCAUUUGCUGGGUCCCUCGUGUUUGAUCCUGGCCACUGGAAGGGGAAUUGCCCCCUCCCCAGCCCUCAUCAACCAGGUUUACAUUUACAACUUUAAAAGAUUCAGAUGCAAUUUCAACUGAAACCAGCAGACAUCCUGACCUUACUAGUUUUCUUAGUUUUCAUUGUAGAUGGUUUUUCAGUUUAACGAAUGAGAAGUUUAUCUGAUGCUUUUUGUUGGCUUCCCCUUUAGUGGUUUGUCUCUUUCUGCCCACCUGUCUAAUAAAACUGUG